AUGCACGACGACACCGUUCCCAGGUCAAGGGAGGGCUCUCAACCUCGAGACACAAAAUCCGUGGCAGACGUCGAAGUCGGGUCUCCGUCCAACGCGGCUAUGGGCCAAGUUGCCAAAGGUUGCAAAAUUGGUCCCAUCAAAUUACCAGCAUACCGAUCACCUCUUGCCCAAACCAUCAUUAUCGCCUUUGUCUGCUUCCUUGUUGUUGGCAUGUUCAACGUCCUCGCAUCUCUUGGUGGCGCUGGUCAGCUAGAUCCAACACUUUCUGACCAAGCCAAUAUCGUUCUCUACGCGGUCUUCGCUGGACUUGCUCUUCUCUCUGGCUCUAUUUGUAAUUAUCUGGGACCCAAAAUCACUCUCGCCAUUGGAGCCGUAGGCUAUGCCUUGUACGCCGCAUCCUUUUGGUGCUACAACCACACUCAAAACAGUGGCUUCGUCCUCUUUGCCGGCGCUGCAUGCGGGUUUUCUGCAGCAUUUCUUUGGACUGCCGAAGGAACAAUGUUGAUGUCGUACCCCACUGAAGACCAGAAGGGUCGUUAUAUCAGUCUCUUCUGGACAAUCUGGAGUAUGGGUGCCGUCAUUGGUAGCAUUGUACCAACCGCCCAGAAUUGGUCCAAUACCGAGGCCGGUAGUGUCAAUGACGGCACGUAUAUUGCGCUCUUUAUCUUGAUGCUCGGCGGCAGCGUUCUUGCCAUGUGUCUGGUACACCCCAGCAAAGUUGUCCGUGAUGACGGAACAAAGGUCUACGUGGUCCAGCACGCAUCAUUGCUCCAGGAGUUGAAAAAUGUUGUCAAGUCUGUCCAGGUCGAGCCGUGGAUCAUCCUAUUUUUCCCAUACUCGUUCGCUGGACUCUGGUAUAUCGUAUAUCAGAGUAAUGAUUACAACGCAUACUUCUUUAAUGUUCGGACAAGAUCUUUCAACUCCAUAUGGUACAAUUUCGCCCAAAUGGCGGCGGCGGGACUCCUAGGUCUUUUCCUUGACAUUAAAUAUUUCAAGAGGCGAACUAGAGCUCUCCUGGGCUGGGUCAUCAUGUUUGUUUUGUUCAAUGCUAUCUUGAUUGGUGGAAUUUUCCCCCUUCGCGAAUCCAGUCGAGAUCAUCCCGUGGGGAAAGUUCUCGAUGUCACAGACAGUGACGCAGGUGGCUACAUAGCCUUGUAUUUUUUCUAUGGCAUGUUAGAUGGUGCAUGGCAAUGCUACGCGUACUGGAUCAUGGGAACCCUUUCAAAUGAUCCCUUGGUACUUAGCAUGUACGGAGCCUUUUAUAAAGUAUUUGGUGCGAUGGGCCAAGCCAUCGUAUCCAGCCUCGACGAAAGCAAGAAACCAUAUACCACUAUGUUUGGGUCUUACUGGGGUCUCACGGCGGGAUCACUCUUGGUCCUGCUCCCUUUGGUCCUCAAGCGUGUUACAAACACGAGCAAAAGUACCAUCGUGGAUACCACGAGCUCGGCGACCAUGAUCGGAGCUGGUGGCGCGCAAGGUGGAAUGGGAGUCGCUAUUGAUAGGGAGAUUGAGGGAGAGGAAAAGGGGUAUGAGGUGGGCAAAUAA